UUACUAUUUAAUAUCUUUUCGGGUAUCUUGCCCAACCCCUUGUUCAAUCCGCCCCUGCAGUGUUUAGUCCCACGCAAUAAAGAUAUCAGAUAUUUAUUGCACCCGGGGUAGGAAAUACCUUUUAAUGACGUAGUCGGUUUCCUUUAUAACUCAACGCACGGGGACACAUUCUCUGAAUAUAAUUUCUGAACAACACCUUGUUUCAGUCGGGGAUCCAUUUUUUUCCUGCUCCGGUUUUCAUAAUCAUUACUUACUCUGUGGUACUGGAGAAGAUGUCGGUUUACCAUCAUCACGAUUUCUUGUUAUUUAAUAUAUUGGUGUAUAUAUUUGCUGGAUGUGUCACUUCUUUUCCAACGAAUACAGAAAGCAAAGAUGGACAUAAAAGUUACGGCGAUAAGGUGAAAACUUUACAAGAGAAGUUACAAACUUUGGAGAAAAUGCUUGCAGAAAUUAAAGAUGGUCAAAUAAGCAACAACAAAAAUGGAAUUACACAAGCACCUCCAGCCAUCAAACCAUUAGUGGGGUAUUCAACAUCAGACCGGCAGAUGGCGCUUGGGAAAACACCACGUGAUGACGGCGAAGGUUCUCUACAGAAUUCCACGGGAGACGAUUUAGGACAAUUCCAAGAACAAUUAGCAGAUACGUCAAAAGAAGGAUCAUCAAAAAAGGAAAGUACUAACACAGAAGAGAUCAUAUUUACUAUUUUGGAGAAGCUUCUCCGCGCCAAGAACACACAAACGAGAGAUUUACAGUCAUCAGACUCACGCGCGCACAUGUUACGUCCCAUCAUAAAAGUUGGUAACUUCGGUGAAUUCCGCCAGCAUGCAGCGCUACAUACUGUAGAGAAUCAGUUACUUGAAGAUCUCUCUCAGGCAGCUAGUGACGGAGUUACAGUCGACGAUAUUAUUAAAGAUAUCCGAAAAGAAUCUCUCCCUGAAGGCAGCUGGCACAGUCGUAAAGAAGAGGUUGAGCGUGAACUUGACACGUUAAUCAAACACAACACAUAGACGUUCUUGUCGCACACCAUCAUUACUAGACACAUAAUUAUCUACAGAAUCGUUUUAAUAAAAACACAAUGAUCA